AUGCCGCAAUCCACAAUGGAUAGGAUGAAGCUGAUGGUGGGCCUUGAGCCGUCCACGCCGCAGGAGCCAGAGCUGAUGGACGAGCUCGGGCUCAACGACUGCUGCGAGCUGUCGCGGAUGCAGCGCCUGUACGGCUUCGCAAUUUGUGUCUCAGCGGGUCUGUUCUGCUCCUUCCUCUCGUCGCUCAUGUGGAUGAAGCCCUCCAAGUUCGCCAUCCUGUACACGAUGGGCAACGUUCUUUCGCUAGGUUCCACGGGGUUCCUGGUUGGGUUCAUGAAUCAGCUGAAGAACAUGUUCAAGGGCACCAGGCUCGUGGCGACGUGCGUGUACCUCGGGGCGAUGAUCAUGACUUUGGUGGCUGCUUGCUACUGGAAGAGCUUCGGUCUGACGGUGUUCUUUCUCAUCAUCCAAUCCCUGGCGCUCACGUGGUACUGUUUGUCGUACAUACCGGGAGGAAGAGCGGCGGCGACUAGCUGCUUCAAGUCGUGCUUCGGGUCGAUGGACGACGUGUUUUAG